CCUAGCGUUGAAAUCCGAAAUCGCGACAACUCCGUAGCGGGGUCCAACCCCUGGCCAGUUACCAGGCCCCGAAACGACCGAAGGAUAAAAACGUGAAGACUCGGUGAUUCAACGCGCGUGCGUGCGCGAGUUGGUGCGUGUGCCUCGAAAGGUCACGGUGAAUUAGAAGACGUAGAUACACGGGGAGACGGCGUGGUUAGAGAGUGGCGGCCAACAGAGAGGAUUCCGCGCAAAAGCCGGCUUCACGGCCAGUCCCCCACUCGCUAACUUGUUGAGUCUCUCUCGGGCAGGUGUGUGCCCCGGUAAACCCCGGAACAAUGACGAACAGGCUCUCGGUUUUGCUUCUUUUGAUCCUCCACGGGUCAGGGUCGGCCAGAGCCGACGUCGCGGCACAGAGGACCAACGUGCACAACGAUCCUCUGGUGGUCGAGACCACCAGUGGCCUGGUUCGCGGAUUCUCGCGCAUGGUGGUGGACAGAGAGGUUCAUAUCUUCUAUGGGAUUCCGUUCGCCAAGCCUCCGAUAGGACCUCUUCGAUUCAGGAAGCCUCUUCCUAUAGAACCCUGGCAUGGUGUGCUGAACGCCACCGUUUUACCAAACAGCUGCUACCAGGAGAGGUACGAGUACUUCCCCGGGUUCCCGGGCGAGGAGAUGUGGAAUCCCAACACCAACAUCUCCGAGGACUGCCUCUACUUGAACAUCUGGGUACCGCAGAAGCUACGUUUGCGACACAAGGGCUCUGAGCCACCCAACAACGGCGACAGGAACGGUGUGCCGUUGCUGGUCUGGAUAUACGGCGGAGGAUUCAUGAGCGGCACCGCCACUCUGGACGUCUACGACUCGGACAUCAUGGCAGCUAAUAGCAAUGUCAUAAUCGCCUCCAUGCAGUACAGGGUUGGAGCGUUUGGGUUUCUCUAUCUGAACAAGCAUUUCGCCAACAGCGAGGAGGCUCCUGGGAACAUGGGACUCUGGGACCAGGCUCUGGCCCUCAGGUGGCUACGAGACAACGCUAAGGCGUUCGGAGGAGAUCCGGAUCGCAUCACCAUCUUCGGAGAGUCCGCCGGUGGCAGCUCCGUGUCCCUUCACCUGAUCUCGCCCGUCACUCGCGGAUUGGUGCGUCGUGGGAUCCUCCAGAGCGGGACUUUGAACGCACCCUGGAGUUACAUGACCGGAGAAAGGGCAAACGAAGUGGCCAAGUCGUUGGUCGACGAUUGCGGAUGCAACUCGAGCAUGCUGCAGGAGAAUCCAGCCAGAGUGAUGGCCUGCAUGAGGUCCGUCGACGCUAAAUCCAUCUCUGUGCAACAGUGGAACAGCUACUCCGGAAUUCUUGGCUUUCCAUCCGCGCCUACCAUCGACGGGAUAUUCCUGCCCAAGGAACCGCUGGAUUUGUUAAGGGAGGCGGAUUUCAAAGAUACGGAAAUACUCAUCGGGAACAACAAGAACGAGGGAACCUAUUUUAUUUUGUACGACUUCAUCGAUUUCUUCGAAAAGGAUCAAGCGAGCUUUCUGGAACGCGACAAGUUUCUAAACAUCAUCGACACCAUCUUCAAGAACACCUCUCAGAUAGAACGAGAAGCCAUCACCUUCCAGUACACGGACUGGGAGCACGUGAAUGAUGGCUACCUGAAUCAGAAAAUGAUUGCAGACAUAGUAGGCGACUACUUCUUCAUCUGCCCGUCGAUUCACUUUGCUCAACUGUUCGCUGAUCGCGGAAUGAAAGUGUACUACUAUUUCUUCACCCAGAGAACGAGCACCAACCUGUGGGGCGAGUGGAUGGGUGUGAUACACGGCGACGAGGUGGAAUACGUGUUUGGCCAUCCUUUGAACACGUCCUUGCAAUACACCGAGAAGGAAAGAGACCUGUCCCGUAGGAUGAUACUCUACUUCUCUCAGUUCGCUUACACGGGGAAGCCGACGAGCGAGGAGUCCAAGUGGCCGCCCUAUUCGAGGGAUGAACCACAGUAUUUUAUUUUCGACGCCGAGAAGAUCGAGCUGGGCAAAGGUCCGCGCACCACGUCGUGUGCCUUCUGGAACGAGUUUCUGCCAAGGCUGAACGGAAUACCGGAUCCUGCGCCAGAGGCAUGCAACAGCGCGAUAGCCUCGAGCGUGUCAGCGGGAUCGAAGGAUCUACGCAACUCUCUGCUGAUCACGGGUUUGUCGUCGAUCUUGGUGGUUUCGAGAGUGAUUUAAACCGUAAGAUGCAAACGGAUCCGUAUCGAUCGACCCCUCCGGAAGCCGACGAUCCCAUUGUUCGAACAGCCACAAAGGAAUCGAGGGUUCGAUUCGCGGUCCGAGAUCUCGUCAAACGGUUAACACUCGCGGCUAAUCGCUGAUGGAUCGAUGGAUUCGCCGAACCCCGUCGCCGUCGAACGUUACUUUUACUCCUUAACAAAACAAAACAGGACUACCGAUUCCCGGAUACAGACCAGACGAGGACUUAACGAGGGAUUAAACACAGGAGUUGUCGUCGUCGUCGGUUUCUCCUCUUUUCCGUGAAACGUUAACAGGAUAUCCCCUGUUCAUCGUUACGACGGAACAGAUUUAAUAGAGCGAACCGUGGGAGGCCAGGAUUCGACUCGCAGGGGGGUGGGGUGGGGGGGAGUCAGGAGGGUUAAAAGAUUGAUGAACGACGGUGACUGUAGUCGCAAAAACACGGACAGGUUAACGAGUCGCACGUCGCACGAUCCUCUCGGCACGACGCGUCGCGACGUCUCGACGGAGGAGACCCGACCUUCCUAGGGACGGGAGGAGGGCUAUAUCGAUUUUCCAGCGAGACGACAAUCGUUCCAGUGGAUUCUAGGUCUUGAACUCGAACCAGCAGACCGACGGGAACGAAUGGUUGGUUGCCUUGCGAUUACGAGAACAAUAAAUCGGGAGAAUCUAUUAACUCGUUCGAAAAGUUCCAGGGCAUGUUAAAUAAAAGAGAAACUACUUGUAUAAUCAUCAAUUUACGAUUGGUCACCUUCGAAAUAAUUCCCGUUGCAUGCUACACGCUUAUGCCAACGUUUUUCUCGUGCUUCAAAAUAUUCCACGGUGGUCUGGAAAGUUUGUGGCAUUUUUCAAGGAAAAUCUAAUUUUUCAAUUUGAAUAUUUUAAAUUUAUUUCAACUGCUACCUCUUGCUACAUUUAAUUCCAUUUAAAUUUAAUAUUUUAAUAAGCGAACGAACGAGAUCGCGACAGCGACUAAUGAUAUUUGAGUUUUAAAUUCUCAUAAUAAGGUCUGAUUCAAUUUUGAGCAAAAUUAAUCCAUAAAUACCUUUUGUAAUUCUUUAAUUUCUUCGAUACAUAUUCGUUGUUUAUUAACGUUUUCAAAAUGUUUUUAAUAAAUCUUAAAGAGGAUUAAGCUUUGCGUAAAAGUUCUCGCUAUUUUCUACAACAAAGGAGAAAUUAAAUGGAUUCUUAGUUUUUUCAUCUUCAAUUAUUUCAUAUUCCUUUGCUCAAAUCGAAUAAACACACAUCUCACUGUUUCUUGUAAACGAGCAUGACCUGGAACUUUCUGAAUAGGGUAGCGCAUCUACAUCCGAAAGUAACGCUAGGUCGUUCGUUCGAAAUACAGUCGGAGGAGAAAUUCGUAUGAAAAUGAGGAAACUACAGGCAUUCGAUUCGAGAAUGAUAACGCGUUGCGAUCCGAUGCGAGUAAAUAAUAGAGUAUCCGUGGCGAUCGAUAGAGCGCCGAGAGGGAAACGUGCGUUUCACAACAGUUGAAGCUGGGACUCGCUCCAGGAGUCGAUACCCGCUCUUAACCACCUGUUCGUGCGAUCGAUGCCCACAUGACAAAAGUUUCAUUAGUAAAACGCAACAAGUGCCCGUUUUACAUAAGAACGUGAUCCCGAAUCCCUUGGAUUGCUUCCAGGAAGUCGACAGCGUUAGUUUUCAGACGUUUCCGGGAGCACCAACCCUUUCCAGCCGCUCGUCUACCUCGUAAUCCAUUCCCAAAUCAGCCACAAGUUACGUGCACAGAGAUUGGCGAGUUUUAAACGUCUAAGCAAAGUUGCGAAACGACUUGCCACGAGUUUCGAUCUGGAAUUGACUGACUGGAGAUUGCGGACGACCCACCGAGCAGUGGAGUUCUUUGACAACUCGAGACUAGUUUGCGAAUUGGAGUGUGCCUAACACGAGCCAGAGGAUCCAGGAAAUGGAUUUCUUCGUCAGACUUUAGUAAUCAUCGCUUUUCUGGGCAUGCUGUGUGAUUCUUCAGAAAAGAAGAUCUCUUGGUAUGAAAUAAAAAUUCUUUUGGUUCCCUCUUGUUCGACACAUCAGCUGAAUUGAACGUAGAGGCAACGAAACAUUCUAAAGUUUAAAGAGAACUCCAUAGAAGAAGCAGCUCAUGUCUCAUGAUAUCUAUCAGUACACAGUAAUAUGUUAGAAGUGCACAGUGAUGUUGAGUGGUCACGCAACAAACCAUUCGGUUUUCCACAAGGGAUUACCGAGAAAGGAGCUUUAUUCCUCCAGUACUCUCCGUCUCAGAAGAAUCAAGUGCGCUUUCGAUCAAGGUCAUCGAAGGAAUCAGCUUUGAUUCCUAAGUUUCCAUUCAUUUGGAAGUGUUUAAUCUCAUUACAAAGUGGCGCUCUGUUCACCUGCUCCAAGAGGAAUUAUCAACGAAAGAAUUGUAUUCCCCUAGCAUCUUUCACUUUGGGAGAGUCCAGUGUACUUUCGACCAAUGUCAUCGAGUAAACAGCUUCGAUUCCUGAAUAUUCAUCACUUUGAAAAAGUCCAAUUCAAUUAUAUUGCCAGAUAGUACUAUACAGUCUUAUUCUAUCUAGAAGAAUCUAAUGCACUUUCGACGACGGCCACCGAAAGUCCGUCAGAUUGAAAGAGUCCAGUUUAAUUCGAUGGCCAGACUCCAUUCGAUUGUUUCAAGAAAAAGCACCCCAAGCUCUAUCUAUCUCCUACCUGACAAUCUUACCCGGUUUAAUCAAUUUUAAACCGGUGUACUGGCCAAACUAAUGUGGUGUCGUCGGUAGCUCCCCAUAACUCUAACCUGACCAAUCUAACGAUCUACCUAAACCAUAUCUACAUAAAUCGCCACCAAAUGCAUCUCGUGGAAUAACAGACUCCACUGCUCCGAAGGAAACGUCAUCUAUAUAAUGCCAGAGGAUGAAUGUUCCACUCGAAUGACCAGCCAAUACAGUCUCAAGCUUUGUACAAUUGAAACCAACUAAAAUUGAUUUUGCGUCAUCGUUAAAAAAUUGUAAAAUAUGUUAUAGAGUCGCGUUAAGGAAAUACUUGUAGAUUUAGAGCAGAAGUAUUCAAGGCGCAGUCACAGACCUCCGAAUUACAAAGAAUUUACCAUUAUCGACAAGGAACUAUAGCCACCAUCCACUAAAGCAAUCAACCGAUCCGAGAGAAAUGACGCGUAACAAGAAUCGUCAUCACGUCGAGUUGUAACUUCUCGAAACUAGCUUAAGGAUUCAUAGAUGACGUCCUCGAAAAUUUAGCAGGUUAAGUGCAGACUGGCGUUCUCGCGGCUCGAGAUGGCGUCAUCGAGCACGGAGAGUACCACUUGCUCGCCGAGAUGUAAAAGGAAGAAGAGGAAAGACGACGGAUCGUGUCAGUUACCCGAGGAAUUCACGGUCCGCUUGUCUGGCCCGCGAAAUUGGACAAACUCGCCUCUCUGGUGUCCUUUCGGGCUCCUGGAUCGUUGUAAAUAAAUUUCCUGUCCCUCCGUGACGUUCUCUGAAGUUCACUAGAACCUCGGUCCGACGAUGGAGGGAUCCCAUCGUCGAGGACAUCGAGGUUUUCGCGAUGAAAGUCGGCGACCUGGAACGAUCGCGCUUGCUUUUCAAAACCCCUAUCGGGUCUUUGAUUUUUCUCCGAAUCGGUGCUUCGAACUGUUCGAUCUGUUCUCGACGAUCCAAGAAUCUGAGAAUUUCUCCGAAUCGGUGCUUCGAACUGUUCGAUCUAUUCUCGAAGGUUUAACAAAUCCAAGAAUUUCUUUGAAUCGGUGCUUCAAAUUGAUCGAUCUGUUCUCGACGGUCCAAGGAUCUAAGAAUUUCUUUGAAUCGGUGCUUGGAACUGUUCGAUCUGUUCUCGAUGGUCCAUGGAUCCGAGUUCCAUUCUUAGCGGAGCAACUAUUACUAGAACUAGAGCGAUAGAGCGGUUUGCGUUUGUUUAGAUAUUCACCCGCGGGUAAGGUGACUCCGUCGAGUCGAUCUUCGCGAAUCGAACGCGAGAGGAAUCUUUGAAAAAUAUUUCUCUGUCCGUGCCACCCUUCUUCUCCUCCCACGAGUCGCGAGACCCCGAUUAAAACAUUUUCGAACCCUUUGAGCGCCCUUAUUACCAAACAGUAGAACUAUUGCGCGACUGAGCUUCCCCAAAAGGCCGCGAAUAUCUAUAAAAGAUUUUCCCCGUUGAAAAAAUCAAUUCCGACUCGAUGUCGGUAAGAAAAAUAAAUUUGGCCAAUAUGGAACUCUGCGAUUGAUUUGGCGCUCGAAGGGUCGGCAACGCGAUCCACUCGAUCGUUUCAGGGGAAAUCAAUCUUCAACGCGAGGACCAGGGACGUAAGAAACAAAAAAAAAGAAAACUACUUUUGAUCUGGACUUUCGAGAUGGGCACAGUUAACAUGACAAUACCGUCGAUGAAAUAAAUCUUUAAAGUAGAUAAAUUAAAUUACUAGAAAAUACGUAUUUAGAAGAGCCAAAAAAAAAAAAAAAAAUUAGAGAAAGUACUACCGGUCGGGAGUAAUCUGUCGUUUUUAGGUAGAAAGAGUUCAAAGAUGACGAUAACGAUCUUAGAGUCCAUUUAGGGGAAAGGAGUCCAGGUCAAAUUUCGAACAACCCUCGAAAAUUCGAGCGAAAGCGAAUGGUGCGACGCAGCGUUCAACGAUAAUUCGAUCUUCUUGGAACGAUACACUUUCAUUCGAUUAGAUUCCAUACCUUCUUCUUUCGGAUUUCUCAACGACACUUUUACGCGCGAUAAAGACAAAGGAAGAACCCUCGGGGGGUUAAAAUGCAUACACAUAUUAGCGUGACGGUGAAAAAAAAUUUCGUUCCAUUUGUUUGGCUCGUUUUUUUUUUGCGCCAUUUACGGAGCAGAAAAGUUUUCGCGCACCGGUGAAAACGCAGCGGCGGGGAUUAAACAAAGCUGGGACGAGGGGACGAGAGAGAUUUUUCAGUUUCGUUGCACGGCUGCCAAAGGUCACGGGAGGUAGAAUAAAACAUAAGUGAAAAAGAAAUGGCACCUCGUGAAUUAAUCGUAACCACAUUACAAACAAAAUAGACACUUAAGGGAUGUACCAUUAAGCGAUGUAAAUAUACGUAUACAUAUUAUAUAUGUAUAUAUAUAUAUAUAUAUAUAUAUAUAUACACAUAUUCAUAUACAUAUAUAUAUACAUAUAUAUAAAAAUAUAUAUGUACACAUGAAUCUAUAUACAUAUGAAUAUAAAUAUACAUACAGCUGUAUAUCUAAUUACGUGUGACGUCAAACAGGUUGACGUAGAAGUAAGACAAUUAAGGCACCCGUGUAAUUUUGCUCCGUGACGUAGGUACACGGUGACAUUUAGACACAGUAACGAUUAAGAUUAAUCAUAAAUGUAUCGUUAAAGGGCCGUCUGGCGAUUUCUGGGUCACAACAGAAGCGCUGUGAGAAUGAUCGGCGAUCGUUUCUCGCGAGACGAGAUGGAGAUUUGGGAAAAACGAAAACCAUUCCGAGUUGAGAGGGCAGUCUGGCGCUUUUUCGAAAGGGUUACAUGUUGCUUACGAACGAAAUGCUAAAUAAACUUAGAACUGAACGUGGACACACAAGGCUCACUCACUCACACUUAAGGGGUGAAAUAGGUUCAGGACUAAAUUUUUUAAUGAUACGUACGAACUUUUUUCCCAAGAAAGGAAUGUAUAUAAUUUAUCGAAACUUUGAGAACACUUUAUGCAUAUAUUCAAAUAAUUAUUGUAAUUUUUUUUUACUGCGAUAUAAUUUAAAAGAAAUAAAUUCUCUAUUAAAAGUUAAAGUAAAAUUCAGUUAGUACGUCAAACCAUAAUAUCCGGUACAAUAUUGAAAUGAAAUGACAGGAUACAUACUGAAGACGACAUAUUUCCAAAAAAUAUGUAAAAAAAAUAUUUUCCAAAUCCAAAGAAUCUAUGCUGUUAAAUUCAUUAUUUCGAUUUAUCAUUUAUUUAUUUUUAUAGCGAAAAGAGCACAUCCGACAAACGAUUUAGUAAUUAUGGAACUUUCGAUUGACCAACACACUAUAGUAUUCGAUACAAUUUUAUAAUGAAUUGGGAGGAUAUAUACUCAAGAUCGUGUACUUUAAAAAAAAAAAAAAAAAAAAAAAAAUGAAUCUUCAAUCUGCAAUUACCAGACUGCCCCCUUAAGAAGAAUUUCGAUGAAACUUGGUUCGCGAGAAUUGCAAGUCUCAUCCAAAUCUAUCACAGAGCUAAGCGGGCCUAAACGAGACCUAAUCAGAGCUACGUCUGGCCUAAUCUCGGUCGAGUGUAAGGUUCGGCUCGACCUAACCCAGCCUAACUCGCGCCACGUUCUAGGCGACCCUCGAUAGAUCCCACGCGAUGAAUCCUAACAGACAACGUAGCAGCCAAAGUUCCUCCGGAACUUGAUGCAAACUUCGAGUUGUGAAAUUUUGAACAGGACAGGGAAAGAUACUAAAAUAAAGUUUCCAGGAUUUCUGAGCCGUGAAACUCUGCACUUGACUCGAGAAGUCGACUGCUCUCCGCGAUCCUCGAAAUCUGGGGGGAGACUAUCGGCGUUAGGAGAAGCAGAACCAAGUAAAAGGAAUCGAACGAGCUUAUCGACAGAGAAGCGGAACAGUUUAAUCUCGUCUCGCGGCCGAACGAAACGCUGAAACGUGAAUCUUCCAUUUCGUACAUAUCACCUAUAUAAAUAUAUCAUAUAGCGAGAGUCGAUUCUAUCCGAUAGAUCUUUUCGUAGCUAAAGCAUCGAGUGUUCGAUCAUCCGUGUCACAGCGCGUGCACACACUAAACGAAGAGAACAGAGAAAGAAUUCGGUAUUUUGAUUAAAGCGAGAAAAGCGAACAUAUUUUCUACCAAGUGACGUUGUCUGGGGACUUGGCGUCCCUUGCAGGCUUCGUCGGAAGGCUCAACGACUCGCGAUCGAUGCCGCGACGUCGCUCGUCGUCUCGAUCCUCUAAGCUCCUUCUUAGGAUUCGAACCAUUGCCGUUCGAAAAUCACUCACUUUUAUAUCCCACUUUUGGCUAAACAAAAUUCAUUUUUAAGGAGCACCGUGUUACACAACUGAGUAAGGUUCCUUUCAUUGUGCAAUUAACGUUAUUGCUUAGAAUAACGUUGCUUUUUCUACUUCAAGAUUCUUGAAGCAGGUAGAGAGAAUUAAGGUAGUUGUUCCAUGGAUUUAUCUAAUUUAGGAUUUUAACCAAAUUUCACUCGAUUAUUCUUUGAUUAAAUAUAAACCAUAUCAGCCUAUCUCGAUUUAAAUUGACUAUCAAAUGUAUCAAAAUUUUGUAAUUUUAACACAGACUCUUAUGGAACAUACAGAUUUUCACGUGAAUUUUUUCAAUUUAAAUCAAAAUGCUAUUCAGGAAUUUGCCGAAAAUUUUAUAUGUUAUAAAAACCGAUAUUAUGAACCACUGAACAAAAAAUAACAAUUAUUGACCGCACCCAUUAUUGAGGUAUAAUUUAUUAAAAUCUGGAACUCAACGUAGAGAAGUUGCAUAAUAUAUAUUGAUUUAUUAUAUUGGUUUCUUAUGGACCUGUCUGAGAGCAGUAAGAUUGUACUUUUAUGAAAGUUUCCAAUCGGUGAUAUUCGACAAUCUAUACUUUACAUGAUUAUCUCGUAACAACUACCUUAAAUAUUGCAAGAAAUUGUUAAUAUUUCACCAUUACUCUCAUUAUUUCUUGCAUUAAAGCUAUGUUGAUCCACUCGACAGGAACUCCUAAAUAGUAGGUGCUCCGUUCGUGCCAAAAACCUAAAAAAAAUCUGUCUAGGGUGCAAGCAUAACACUUCCAAACUAAACCUAAGCCGUGUACUACCUAAGGGUCUACUGGAAAGCUCUGUUCACUCCACUCGUGUGGCAGCAAUUCAGAAUAUUUGUUGCAUUAAUUUUUUCAUUAUUUUUUAGGAAUUUUGUAACAUACUGCUAUACACCUAAAGAAGACCAUCCUUUAUUGGUCCGAUCGGCGACACAUUCAGAAAAAAUAAAUGAUAUGUAUUUGUUUUAAGGGCCAACAAUAUUAUAUUUGCUCUUACACAAAUUAUGAUUUUCAACAUGAAAAAUAAAUUACAACGUUAGUUCUUUGUUAAUGCUAUCGGCAUAUUGAUACUUGGAAACAAUAAAAUUAUAAUUUAUCAUGA